UAUAUUUUUGUUGUAAAGUGAAUCGAAUUGAUUUUCGAAAAAUGAUGUUUCUUGAACUACAAAAUUAUUUUUAUUUCAUGCAUGCAAUUUUACUGUUUAUUAUGUUCGCAUUACGACAAAUUUCAUAAAAACUAUUAUUGCUUACUGCAAUCGUGCAUUUAGCCAAGAAGACUCACGUCACGGUAGCUUUACUAAUAAGUAAAAUGACGUCGAGUUUGUUAUUUACAGUCAUAUCAAUAAUAGAAUAAUUAUUAAUUGUUAAUAAUCGUUAUUUAAUUAUAUUAUUUUUCUAGUUUACCCUAAUGUUAUAAUAAAAUAUAUUAUUAAAUAGGAAAAAUGGCUCGUCCUAAACACAGAGUAAAUGGAGAUGUGUGUGCUGAUUGUGGAGCUGUUGUGACACAGAUACUGAUCUUUUGUAGACAAAAAUUGAUUAAAAAUUUUAAUCAAUUUUUGGCUUAUUUAUAUUGUAUAUAAAUAAAAAUAAGUUUAUACAGAACCAGGAUGGGCCUCAAUAAACAGAGCUAUUUUAUUAUGUGAUGAUUGUUGCGGCAUACAUCGUAGUCUUGGACGACAUAUAUCACAUAUUAAGUCACUCCAUAAAAGUAUUUGGAAUAUACAUCUGCUUAAUAUGGUACAUACAUUGAAUGAAAGUGGAGCAAACAGUAUUUGGGAACAUUCUCUCCUAGAUCCUAAUCAUUCUAAGAUUAGCAGAAGAAAACCACAAGCUAAGGAUCCAAUACAUCCAAUUAAAGCAGAAUUUAUUAAAGCUAAGCAUCAACAUUUAGCUUUUAUAUUAAGGCCUAGUAAAGAAGAAUGUUGUAGUGAAGAAGAACUCAGUAGACAAUUACAUAGCAGUGUUCGUACAUCUAAUUUGGAGACUUCAUUAAGAUUAUUGGCACAGGGUGCUAAUCCUAAUUAUUUUUAUAAGGAGAAAGGUACAACUCCUUUACACGUAGCAGCAAGAGCAGGACAAAUAUUGCAAAUAGAAUUAUUGAUUGUUAAUGGUGGAAAUCCUAGUAUAUUAGAUUCAAAUGGGCAAACACCUACUGAAAUAGCUAAAAUGGCAGGCCAUUUGGAUUUAUCAGAACGUAUUAAAGAAUGCAUAUAUGAAGUUACUGAUAGAUUAACAUACUAUGUAUGUUCACGGAAGCCAGAUCAUCGAUCGGAUGAGCAUUUAAUCAUACCUGAAUGUGCAUCAAUGGUAGAAUCAAAUGAUUCAAUUAUCGAAGGACAUAAUAGAUUGCAAACGCUAUCAAAUCAUCUCUUAGAAGAACUCGCAAUAGAUGUAUAUGAUGAAGUAGACCGUAGAGAAAUGGAAAGAAUUUGGUUUUCAACUGCAUCAGCACCAGAAAGAUGUACAGUACCAUUUUUACCUGUUAAUCCACAACUUUCCACAACAAGAAAUCAAGGUAGACAAAAAUUAGCAAGGUUUAUUCCAAAAGAAUUUGCUAGACUUAUUAUAGAUCUACUUACCGAAGCUGGUAGAAGACACAUGCUUUCAAAUAAUAUACAAUUGCAAGACCCUGUGGUAUCAAUGCUUCGUAAAGAACAAUUUGGUAAACAUGGAUCACAGAUGUCUGAUGACGAACCAUUAUAUGACAGUGUAGCUUCUGAUGAUGAUUAUACUUUAACAUCAGUAGAUAAUACCACAACAGAAUUAUCUACUCAGUUAAAAAUUGCUGAUGAGGAUGUUUUCGUUCCAAUGGCAAAAGGUCUUCCAUCAGUAGUAGAAGUUCUAAAAAAGCAAUUAACACUUUCAGAGUCUACUGUGCGAGAUUUACAAAGUCAAAUACAUAUUCUACAAAAUACUGUAGAACAACUUACACAAGAGAAUGUUGGUUUAAAACAAAUAAUUGAGCAUAAUAAAGCAUCUACUGAUGGUAUUUUAAAUGGGCACAUUGGAAAUGAACAAGAACCAGAAUUAGAACCAGUUUUGGAUAUUAAGACAUCUAUUUCAAGAAGCAACCAACGACCUGCAUCUAUGUAUGAGACGAGAGAAGGUUUACGAAAACCAAAUUCAUGGUCUACAACUAUUUGUCAGACCAACAGGGAUACAGAGGCUUUAUCUCGUACAAAUACACAAAGUUUAUGGGACUAUGGCAUUCCUACUUUGCCUCCAAGUGAAGAGGUAACGAGAAGAACAGAGCAAGUAACAAGAAGAAUACAAGAAUUAUGGAUGGCUAUGCAAGAUCCACAUCAACGUGAAGCUUUUGUACCAUGCGCCGAACGUAUACGCGUUGCUGUUGCAGAAUUAACAGCUAUAUUUCCGCAGAAUCCUAUAGAAGAAAAUAUUAAAUCAGCUUUACGUCAACUGAAUGGUAACACUGGUAGACUACAAGCGGAAUGUUCUGGUCUUCAAAGAUGCACUGGUGACGUCGAACAUAUAGGCCAUUGCCUCCAGCAAGUACGUUCUUGUGCAUACGACAUUGCCAAAGCAACUAAGCUUCUUGUUACCCAGUUUCAAAUCUCUUAGAAUCGGUAAUAUUAAUAAAAAAAAAAAAAAAGAAAAUACACACAGCAAAAAGUAUUAUAACU